ACCCCUAAAUCACUAGCGGACGUAUGCUAUUUUAAUAAAGGGUAUUCCCCUUGAACAGAGUACUUGCAGGGUCUCAUCAUCAGAUCUGUGGUUCGGCUCGACUGGAACUUCAGCACAAGUACGGCUACUUUAGUACUAGACGAAGUUUUGCAGAAACGUUUUGCAGUAACUCUCGCUUUUUUCCCUUUCAAAUGUAAACGCUAAAGAUUAACUUUAAAAGUUUGUAUUAAUUUUAUUUUCAUGUUGCUCUAUUUUUUAUUUUAUAAAGCAUUGAAAACAGAGAAGUCUUCGGUGGCAUGAAACUACACACUUCAUUCGUUGUGCUACAGAAACGAAGGGCCAGUUUAGAUCUGACUUGUGCUCAAAUUUACAAGGAUCUAAUCUCAGCGGAAGCACAAGCCCGGUGGGGAAAAUAACGUUGGACUUAAAAGUUAAAUUACACAACCAUGGAUAAUAGGGGAGACAGAAAAAAGGAGGCCGAUGAUGCUUCUGAAGAGAUCUGCGAUUCAGGAUUUGACUCCGUUUUAGAUUCUUUCAGAUCGAUAAACCAAGAAUAUCAUCCUAAUAUUAAGAAAGAAUCGCCAAAGGAGGCCGAUGAUGGCGAUAAAAUUGACAGUGUUACAGAAGACAGACUGGAUUCUUCCUAUGGGUCUUCAUCCAUCUCAUCAGAAAACCUGUCUGAAAUUUUACAAAGCUGCAAAAUUACAGAGGUGAAAUACUCAAAAAGGCCAGAAACCGAAGGAUUUACCCAAGAAGAAAUAGAGAUCUUAACUUCAAUCAGCGAUGAUGGAGACACGAUUUUACACCUUGCAAUAAUUCACGAGGAACAACAGUUUGCACUGUACUUGAUUUCCCUGUUUCCAAACGAUGUUCUUGACAUGCAGAAUGAUCUCUACCAGACACCUUUACACUUGGCUACGUACCUGAAUCAGCCAGUAGUGGUUCAAGCCCUGGUAGAAAAAAAGGCCUGCUUAGAGUUACAGGACCAGGAUGGGAACACGCCUCUCCACGUGGCAUGCGCCCAAGGAUACCUGGAAUGUGCCAAUGAGCUGACUAGAGAGAAUGGGGGCCCACAGAGCAAUGUAUUGAAGAUGCAGAACUGGAGAGGUAUGACUUGCAUGCAUGUAGCAGCACUCCAGGGAAACCAUCAAUUCAUUGAGCUGUUAAUGAGGAAGAAAGCGAAUAUCAAUGCUCAGGAGGGCACCAGUGGGAAGACACUGUUGCAUCUCGCUGUGGAGCUUCAUGACCAGUCCCUCGUUUCACUGCUGUUGAAGAAGGGGGCUAAAGUAGACAUGGUCAUGUAUAACGGCUGCACACCACUGCACCUGGCCGUUGGGAGGCAGGAUGCCAACAUUGCCAAUCUUUUGUGCCAGUCGGGAGCUGACAAAUUAUUGAGGAACAUGGAGGGUGAGACGGCUCAAGAUCUUGCAGAUGGAAACGAUGAUAUACUCGCUCUGUUUCCAUUUGAUGACAUACAGAUUUCAGGCAGGUCUGUGGUGAACUUUUGAAGUCACAACAUGACAAGGAAAAAGACUUUAAAAACAAAAUUAUCCUAAGUCAGCGCAGAGCGCAGAACGUUACUUUCUUGGACCUGUUAGAGUAACUUCCACUAGAAAAAGAAGUACUGAAGGUGACACUGGAGGCCAAUGACCUAGGAUGUAUGACGGCUUCUGGGUUGCUGUUGGUUUUUGUACAUUUGGGUUAAAAAAAAAUAAUAAUCUGUAUAAAAUGAGUCAAGGGAUGCCGUGGUUAGCUGAAGAAAGGGGGCCAGUGAUGAGGUUACUAAUAAAAAGAUUUUUUUUUUUUUUUUUUUUUGUCUAGGUUAUCCACCUUGUGUAUUCCUUCAUUAAAAAGCUUUUACAAAAAACAGUUGGACAAAAAGUUGUUUGUAUGAAACUAAUAAUGUCAAUAUAUACCUUUACUGAAAAAAUAAAUACAUAUUAAACUUUUCGUAUUUACUCACAUUUGAGAUAUUUUUUGAAGAAUUCAGUGUUUACCGUUUAUUUGAUCAAUCCAUGUUUUUCAAUUAAAUUGCAUAUUUAAGGUAGCAUCAUAGAAAGGAGUCCUUAGCAAUGGCCAUGUUACCCAUUUGAAGAGUACAGUUGUUGGUGAUGGUAAGGUGUUGGUUUAGGCCAUAGGUGGUCAAAGGGGGCCCUUUCUUUCCAGGUCAUUGUCCCAACUAUGUUCUUAAUUGGUUAAUUAACUUAAGUAAACCUUAAGUUGUAAUUAUUUAAGUAUACCUAUUAAAUCUGGAGUGGAAUUUUGCCCAGACCAGUGUUAGGAAAGUUCUUUUCACAAAAUGUCUGUCUUUAUUUCCUUUUGAAACAAAUUUUAAAAAAGUUAUUUAGAAGCCUUUCUGCUUUUAUAUUUUUUUGCAAACGCUGUUAACAUUUUAACAUUAGGUCACUUUAAAUGUGUUCUUAUCUGCCUGUGAAAAAGAGUUAACAGUUUUACUUUUAAGUGUAUCACAGCACAUUGUAACUAUCAACAGCUUACCCUUUUCUUAAGGCUUGUUUAGUUUUGUUUGCCUAACGUUCUCAUAUCCUGAAUAUUACACUGAUUGUGUGAAUACUAUGUAAUUAAUAUCAGAAUAAUCAUUAAGAAUACUGGAAAUCAACCCCUGCAAGUAUACAUGUGAAUUUAAGAUUGAAUAAAGAUUCUUGUAACGGUGGCAUUCUGAUUUAGUGUACACAACAGGACCGUGGCUCAGACUUUGUCACAAAUUAGGCUACAGUUGCCUGCAAAGAAAAAAAGACCCACUUUCUUUGCCUGUACCAUUCCAGUUACAUGUGACCUGUUCUUUCUACUAUGCAUUUAUUAGUGCGAUCUUGUGGCUGCUGCUCAAAUAUGUUUUAUUGUAAAAUUAUUGAUGCUGUUGUGUGUAUGAGUGAGUGUUUAAUAAACAAAGAAUCUUAUUAUUUAA